AUGUCGAGCUCAGAAGCAUCGGCUUCCAAGCCGCCUCACAGAGUCGUAGUCAAGCCGCUCGGUCGACAACUCACCAUCACCACAACCAUUGAGGGACGUAAACGUACCCUCGUCGACACAUCUGAUGCUCUUCAGCUCGCCGAAACCAACUAUCCCAUCAGAUUCUACUUCCUACCCGACGCACUGCAAUGGUCAUUUGCGCUCAAACCCAGCGAGAAGAAGGUCACCUACUGCCCCUUCAAAGGCUUUGCUCAGUAUCACGAUGUAGCUCAGGCCGGAUCACGCAUUGAGGAGCUCAAAGCUGCCAUCUGGUCUUACUCAAAGCCUUUCACCACCAGUGAUGCCUACGGGGUGCGAGGUCACUACUGCCUGCCAGCUCCCAGCGAGCAGUUCGGUGUCAAAAUCGGUGGUAAACCCAUCACCGCAGACGAGGCAAAAAGUAUGAAUGAUAAGCUUCUAUCGGACUUCUCAUCUACAGUCUCUUCUCCUUCGUUGCCACGCGACGUCUUGGAGGAGGAGCGCAAAUCUCGAUCUACUUCCCGCUCUGCUGGUGCAACCCUUCAUCCACCACCGAUCAAGCGCUCGGCGAGCAACGGCUCCAAUGCACCGCCAGAGUCUUUUUCUAUCGCUCGACCACUCGGUGGUGAGCUCGAAAUCGAUUCGAGCAAUCCAGUCCUCGCUGACAUGAUCUAUCGCUAUGAUGAUGAGGUGCAGGAAGAGCAACAUCAACGGCAGCAACGGCAGCGUGAUGGAGCUGCAGGCGACGGCAACAACAAUCACGCACCCAAUCCUGAAGCGCACAGCGACGUCGCAAUCGACGACCAUCUCGCAUGGUUCAAAGAUCAGCCCUGGUACCGCAAACCUUCAGAAAAGUGGCUUCGUCCCUUCGCUUUGCUCAUCUCAAUGGCAGGAGGUAUGUGCAUGGGUCCCAAGCUCGAGUUACUCAACAUGUUCGUUUGCGAGCAUGUCCUUGGAGACAGCUACGUCGGCGGCGGCGACAUCAUCGUUCCACAACCUCCUGCCAAAGCCAACACCACCCUCGCCCAACUCGCGAGCGUAGAGACUGCGACAACAGCUGCAGGCGCACACCUUGACAGCUUCCAUCCAUGGUCGGUGGCUUCGAACCCUAUCUCGCACACAGACACUGCCUCGGACAUGUACGCCGUCACCGCCUACUUUGCAGCCCUCGAACAACCCAACUCCACCAUCAUCCCGAUACCCCGACGACCAAGCAAAGCCUGCUUCGCCAGUCCAGAGGUGCAGUCCGCCCUCGCUACAUUGCAGCUCCGAAUGACCCUGUCCAUGGGUAUUCUUGCUGCACUCACUACGGGCUUCUGGUCUAACUUGUCCUCGAGGCGUGGUCGUCUGCCUGUACUUCGUCUCGCUAUGGCCGGUAUCGUUUUCACCGACCUUGUCAUUCUUACGGCUGCCCUCGUGCCUCGCAACAGGCUUCCUUUCGGUUACAGCUUCCUCGUCCUCGGAACUACAGUCGAAGGUUUGCUCGGAGGAUACAGCGCUGCAAUCGCCGUUCAUCAGUCCUACAUCUCGGACGUCACUCCCAGUGGCACCCGUGCCCACAUCUUUGCACACUUUAUGGGCAUCGUCUAUGCUGGUCUUGCAGUUGGUCCUACACUCGGAGGUCUGCUCGUCAAGCACACAGACAAUAUUUUGGCGCCCUUCUGGUUCGCGCUCGCCAUGCACUUGCUCUAUGUUGUCGGCAUCUUUUCCUUCAUCCCCGAGAGCACCAGCCAGCAGUUCCGUGCCAAAGCAUUGAAGGAGUACGGGGAGCAACGUGCCGAAAUUAAACGUAAGGCUGAUGAACGCAAGACUGUCGAAAUGCAACCGCUGCUCGGCUCAAGAAGCUGGGAAGGCGACCGUCGACCAUUCAAGAAGCGUGUCUGGAAGCGAGCCAAGGUUCUCUUCCUGAAUAGCUUCCUCUACGCUCCUCUGGAACCGCUAAGCUUCCUUCUACCCAAGAAGGUACCCGUUCACCAGCCCGAAGAAGCCGACCACCAAGGUGGUGUUUCUGGCAGCAGCACACCUCGACCUGGUGGUGCACUUGCUGCGCCCGAAGCAUCAGCAUCGCACAUCUCCGUCUCUCGUGUCGCACCCAAGAUGCGUUACGACUGGAAUCUUUCCUUCCUCUCGCUCACGUACUUCGCCGAGACUGCCAUCAUUGGCAUCAUGUCCUUCAAGAUGCAGUACGCCCAGAAGCAGUUCAUCUGGGGAUCGGCUGAGUUGGGCAUGUAUCUUACUUUCCUCAGCAUCACUCGUGUCCUUGCACUUACCUUCAUCCUGCCGGUGGCCAUCAAGUUCCUCCAUCGACCAGUCAAGGCGUUGAGGCUGCCACAAGACGGGCCGCCGGUCGAGGAGGAGCAGACUGUUGCUCCUGACUCUCGUCGGCACUCCACGCUGGACGACGAUGGUAGACCGCAUCGACGUAUGAACUCGUACGGUGCUGUCGAUCAGUCUCGUCGCUCAUCUCACCACGACACUGCAGGCGAGGACGCGGAGAACGAGCAAGCAGAUGGCGAAUGGGAUGAGACUAAGAAGUCCGUCGAAGAAUUGUGGACCUUGCGAGCAAAGCACCUCCGCCUCAUUCACGACAGCAAGUUUGACCUCAAACUCGCAAAAAUCUCGGUCAUCGUCAACACCAUAUCUUAUGGCCUUCUCAUCUUCUCGGACACCCCACAGCUCUUCUUCCUAGCCACGGCUAUUACGGCGCUCGGCGGUGGUGGAGGUGCAGCCAUGUCCUCGCUAGCACUCGCAUUGCUCAAGUCUCCUGCAGACGCAGGAAAGCUUUUCGGCGCAUGGAGCAUCACCUCUGCCAUCUCAGGUACUGUCGUUGGCCCUAUUCUCUUCGCCGAGGUGUUCAAGAGGACGACAAAGACCUUCCCUCCAGCUAUCUUCGUGGCGGGCACAGCUAUGUUUGCCAUCGCGUUCCUCUUGUUGUGCUGCGUCAAGGUCAGGAAACCCAUCAGCUUGCCUCCUUUGCCUGCCAGACCACACCCAGCGCCGUCAACAGGGGAAGAGAGGGCGGAGGAACAGGGCACAGCAAAGUCAGCCUAUCGCAACUCAACAUUCAAGAAUGCCUUCACUUUGAACACUGCCAAGAGAAGAGACGGUGGUCAGGUUGGAAAGGCCUCGUCCGGUAGACCUGGCUUGCCUGCCCUUGGCUAA